AUGAAGCCUGCUUUAUUUUUGUUCUCCCUCGCCGAGCUUGUCAGGUUGACCCUUGCCCAGGUAAAAGUUCAGAACGCCAAUAUCGAACCCGAACUUGUCGUCCCAGACAGUUAUAUCAUUAAGUACAAACCGAAAGUUUCGUCUAGCAGCAAGAAGAAGCAUGAGGAGGUCAUUCAUAAAAAGGCUAAAAGUAAGGGAAAAGAGGGUAUUGUGGAGAAUAUCGACCUCGAUGGAUUCAAAGGCUAUGUCGCCGAGAUUCCCUCUUCAGAACUUCGAGAAGUGAUUGACUCUGAUCUGGUCGACUACAUUGAGCAGGAUACGAUCGUGAACGUCUCUGCUGUUGCAGCGCCCAGCUCAGGCCCGAUCACGAAACGCGGAUUGGCCAGCCAGGCAUCUGCGCCAUGGGGUCUUGCCCGCAUCUCUCAAGUCUAUUCCAAGAAGGGUGUGGACGCUAGAUAUAACUACGAUUCGACGGCCGGUUCUGGCUCAACCGUUUAUGUCCUUGACUCCGGCAUCCGAACGACGCACAAGGAGUUUGGUGGUCGUGCCCUCUGGGGCACUAACUUUGUUAGUGGCUCUCCUGAUACAGACGAGCUUGGCCACGGGACACAUGUUGCUGGCAUUGUGGGUGGCAAGACCUACGGCGUAGCUAAAGGCUGCAGGAUGUAUGCAGUCAAGGUGAUUGACAAGGACGGUCUUAGUAGUAUGUCCACUACCCUUCAGGGCCUACAGUGGGCUGUCAAUCACGCCAAGUCCCGUGGCAUCACCAAGAAGAGCAUUAUCAACGCAUCCCUUGGCGGACCCUAUACCAAGAUCGGCAAUGAUGCUGUCAAAGCUGCCACUGACCUCGGUAUCACUAUCGUGGCGGCAGCUGGUAACGAUGGGUCAGAUGCUGCAAACUACUCGCCUGGAUCUGCUCCAUCGGCCAUCACUGUCGGUGCUAUUGAUUCCUCUGGUUAUCGCACCAUGUGGUCAAACUAUGGCAAGGUGGUGGAUAUCUUUGCACCCGGUAGUGACAUACUCAGCGCGGGGCAUAUGAGCGACUCUAGCAGUCUAUACAUGUCAGGUACAAGUAUGGCUGCGCCGCAUGUUGCCGGUCUUGCGGCGUAUUUCAUGGCGAAGGAAGGACUUCGGGGAUCUAGUGCUGUGACAAAACGCAUCAUCGGCGCUGCUGAUACCAGUGGUGUUUACUACGCUUUUGAUAGUCCCCAACGUGUUGCUUAUAAUGGUGGUGGCAAGUAG